GGUGAGGAGAGAGAUGGGAGAGGCUGCGCGCUCAUGGCUCCUUUUCUCGCUCCGCAGCGGCGGGAGCGCGCAGUGGAUCCCACAUUCGCUGAGGAGGAAAAAAGCGCCGUCGGACUGCAACAGCGACUCACCGGGAAAAUGUUCCCUCCACCGUCCUUCAUCAGCGCUGUCCAGGUCUGCAAAAAGCAUGUGAACGGAUCUGCAACGGAUGAGGACUCGAGUUUUUCCGGCCAUUAAACUUGUUUCUGCGGGAUUGUAAACUCCGGGAGUGAUUUAUAACACACAGGAAUUGAAGUUAACAUUGGACAGGUGCAGAAAAUGGCACAAAGGCUCCUCCAGCUCCUUGCCUUGUGGACUGUUGUGAUUGACGUAGUGCGGUGCUGUCCAGAGCUCUGCAGCUGCCAGGACAAAUUUGCUCACCAGUUUGUUGACUGCACUUAUAAAGAGCUCCUGGUGGUACCUGUUGGUCUCCCGUCCAAUGUCACCACUGUGAACCUUUCUGCCAAUAAGAUCAAAUUGCUGAAAAGCAAAAGCUUCGUCAACAUCACUCAGGUCUCCUCUCUCUGGCUGGCCCACAAUGAGAUAGUCACCAUAGAGACGGACACCUUGGUCCCACUGAUUCAGCUCCGCAACCUGGACGUCAGCUACAACAAAAUUGUGAACUUUCCGUGGGAAGAUCUGCACAACCUCACAGGCCUGCAGCUUCUGAAAAUGAACAACAACGAGAUGGUGAACCUUCCGAAGGACGCCUUCACCACCCUCAAAGACCUGAGGUCGCUUCGCAUUAACAACAACAAGUUUACCACCAUUGUGGAAGGCACCCUCAGCCCUCUCACCUCCAUGUCCCACCUGCAGAUUUUUGACAACCCCUUUACUUGCUCCUGCAACGUGGAGUGGCUGAGGGAUUGGAUCGCAACCACUAAAAUUUCUGUUCCGCAGCCAAAUUUAAUAGUAUGUGAGGCCCCUGAACAUCUGCAGGGUGUGAUGGUCACAAAGAUUCCCAAACUGGAUUGUGAGGCCCCUACUGUUACUAUCACAUACCAGCCAAACCUAGAGAACACUGACCUCUACGAGGGUCUCAUGGUCAUUUUAGACUGUGAGACAAAAGGCAGCCCCAAGCCACAGGUCAGCUGGGAGGUGAUUGCAGGGAAUCAGAAUUAUCUGUUCCCUUUGCCCUCCACUGGAGAAAUAAAUGAUUUGCCAAUUAAUGACAAAACAACCAAUAAUAGAUUCUUUGUUUUUUCAAAUGGCACUCUCAUCAUCCCCAGAAUGAGCAAAAAGGAGGAUGGAAAUUACAGCUGCUCUGCGGUGAAUGAUUUAGGGAAGGCAGAGAGCAGUGUUAAAGUGGCUCUAACAGGCACUCAGAAACAGGGCAGCAACUCCAUCGUCGACUCCACCGUGGAUAAGAUCCGUCCAUCCAGUAAAAAGCCUACAGACUCCAAGACAUCCAAAAACAAUGUGAUCAACUGGACUAAGUCGGAAGAAAAGACAAAAGGCAGUCCUGAGGGUUCAACAGACAAAAAUGAGGGCACGGAGCAAGCCGGUGGAGCUUCUAAGGGCCCCACGUUUGCAAGCAAGUGCGGCGUGAGAGACAGCAGUGAAUACAUCUCCAACCAUGCCUUCAACAUGAGCUUAGAGGACCUGAAGCAGUACACCUUUGAUUUUGGCGUGAUUGCAUUAGAGGUGUCAGAGACGGAGGCCAAAGUGCAGCUAAAUCCGCUGCAGCUUCCCAGCAGCAAAUCCAACCUUCAUCUCAGUCAAAGUGACAACCAGGAGGAGACGGUGAAUAAAGAACCAGUGGGUCUGUACCAGUCCUCAUCCAGCAAGACCACCCUGGACAUGCUCUACCUCUGUGUAAAUACAGGAAAUGGACACUCCAUGGUUCAGUGGUCCAACAUAGAGGAAGGGGUUAAUGCCUACCGCUUCCACGGUUUACAGCCUGGCACCAAUUACACACUUUGUCUCACCUAUGGGGGGCAGGACUGCCAAGUCCAAGUGGUCUUCACCACUAGGAAGAAGAUCCCCUCCCUGCUUAUCAUCGUGGUUGUCAGCAUCUUCCUAUUGGGUCUGGCCACCGUUCCCUUACUGGGAGCCACAUGCUGCCAUUUAUUAUACAAAUACCAAGGGAAGACCUACAAGCUGAUCAUGAAGGCUCAGAAUCCGGAUCAGAUGGAGAAACAAAUGACGAGAGAUUUCGAUCCCAGGGCGUCUUUCGUGGAGUCCGAGAAAACCUUCAACCCCAGCGAGCUGGGCGAGGGGGAGGAGGGGGAGGGAGAGGGCGAGGGAGAGGAAGGAGACGGAGAGGGAGAGGCUGAGGGGAGCGUGGUGACCGAGUCUAUCCCGGGAUCCUCGUCCAAAACCAACCAGGAGGAGUUCGAGGUGGGCUCGGAGUACAGUGACAGAUUACCGCUGGGCGCAGAGGCCGUCAACAUCUCGGAGGAAAUCAACGGCAACUACAAGCAGCCGAGCCGCUGAGCUGCGCUGGUGUCUGCGGGUAUAUUGUAAAAUAUUUUACUUUUUAAGUAGCCUACAGUAAAGCAGGUAACUCACACAUCAUUACUACGCGUGAAAAAUCGAUGGCGGCGUUUGAUUAUUGAAAAAAAAAGGUGGCUCAUUAAUUUCCUUUUUACCUCAGAAAGCACUCCUACAAUCACCGAGAUUGUGAAUUGAUUCAUGUGACAUUUGUCGUCUACUGUAAGGUUAAAAUCAGUAACAACGUUUACAAUGCAAGCACAGAUUUACGCAGUUUACCAAAACCUCAAAACCAACAGGUUUUCAGCACAACGUUCCCUUUCUGAAGGACGGACACAGACGCGCAAAUUAUGCAAACAGCGAGGCGCGGAGAGUUGUGCGUAAUUGAAGGCAUUGCGUUAUAUUUUUAAUUUUAGGAGCACCAAAACAAGCCAAAAAAAGUGCCAUAUCUUUAAAAAAAAAAAAAAAAAAAAAAAAAGCCAUUUCAAACAAAUUGACAUCAGGGACCAGUUUCUCUUUCUAAGCUGUCUGCUCGAGGCUGUGGAAGAAUUAACAUCCACUCAGGUGUCGGCACUCUGGCUCCACGAAACUAGUCACAGAUUGGGAUUCAAAUAAUUACUAUUUGAUGAAAUGAUACGAGCUGCAGAUAUUUGGAUCCAUCUUGGUGCUGUUGCGCACAGAGCAGCGCCUCGCUCGCUGUCCUGGAUGUCCAAAAAAAAGGGAAAUUGAGCGUUUGGCUGUGUUUUGCUUGACGGGAAAACCCGGAUAAUUUAACCAACAAAAUGUUGUUUCACGUGAUGUAAGGCUUUAAAAAUAAUGUGCGACUUUAACCUCUUAAUCAACGGGUGCUUGCUGUACUCUCGCUUUUUACAAUGAACGUGUCCAUGGCAUGUCACACGUAUUUCCUUGUGUGGUUUUUCUUAGUGUAGUCUAUAGGACUGUAGAUGUGACUGUCUACCUGUGAUGUAAAGCCAUGUGAGUUGAAAUUAUUCUUUUUUUUUACCACGGUAAAUUUCAACGAAGCCUCAACAAAAAAGGCGCAGCGUGCGUCCUGCGGCUUCACUGUCUUGUACUUUCGAUGCAUAUAGUGACUUUUUGUGAACCAUGUUGUAAAACAAAAAAAACCCAGUGCUCUUUCAAGAUUUUUUGAUAUAAUUUUAUGUAAGUGGAAUUAAUAAAAUAUGUAAAACUGUA